UCUUUAUAGAGGGCAGUCGUAAACACACAUAGAGCUAUACAUCAUUUGUAAAGCUCUACGAUAACAACGAUGUGAACUCUUGUGACAGAACAAUAGAGACCAUUAAGGCCAUCUUUUGUCAGAUGCACAUUUUCUGAGCUACACAAUCUCUUAAUUUGCAGUCACUAUCCUGCUUCAUUUAACCUCUAAAAACCGCUCCACAGAUGUCCACACGUUUCACGAGGUUUAUCACGCCAAUCACAGACGAGACGACUUUUCAAAGCUGGGUCAUAGGGGGAAUGAUUCGAUAUCUCUUGGGGAUCCAGGUUCUCCAGGACAGGGGAGCUUGAUGAGCCAUGAACGGACGGGGCCUCUUGUCCGUCUGCAGUGACAUCGUCCGGUGAACUGGACAUAAUGCCGUCUGAGGGACGAGAGAGGCUAGCCAGGAAAAUGUGCCCUGCUGCAGUGUUGCGGGCAACGGUUCUAUGUAGAGACUGGAAGGGGUAACGGGAGAGUGUGAAAAGAGCAUGCGCCAGGGAUCUUCUACACAAUUUAAUUCUAAAACUUGAACGAUAGGCGGCUUUUCUAUGACCAGAGGCUCUGUACAUUUUCAGUCUCUGAGUGAGGAGCUUGUUUGUUUUAUUUCAACCAGCACUAGAGGAAUUUGCUCUUUUAUUCAUCACAGCUAAAGUUGAUGCGAGGCGUGCCACGCCCAUCUGACUGUGGGUUUUCAUCACAGUUUAAAACAGCACUGUGCUGAGUCGUGUACGCCUUGAUUAUCCCCCCGCCACUCAGGUUGAUAUCAUAUGAAUCCAGCAAAACGAUGAUGUUGCCACUGGACUCAGAUCUGCCGUAAGUCGCUGUUACACAGACACCCAUCGCUGUUGGAAUAUUUGCAGUGGUUUCGUUUGUGAUUCUGUGGCAUGGUUCUAGUUUCUGAUAGCGAUCGGUUAAUACUCGAAGCAGGUGCACGGCAUGUUUUAUGUACGAGGAAUCCUACAUGGAUCCCCGCACCGAUAUAACCCGCAACCCCCCAACCAUUCGCCGGCUGGGCACGUUCCUUCCCUUUGGAAUUCUGGGCUUGGAUAAAGCGUGGGUCACGUAGUCAUCAUUAUGAGAGAUUCCUUCUUUCGCUUCUUAUACUUCGUCUGCAGUGUUAUUAUUGCCGUCUGACUUUUUGAACCAAAUUAAAUCGAUACAGUACUUAAGUCUGGAGGGGAGCAGGGCCCGUGGGACGCGCCGCCGUAGCAGCGCGGCAUGGACUCCGGCUAUGCGGAGUGGCAGUCGAUCGCAACCUAUUCUCCAGACGCGGGUUUGUUGAUUGCCUGUUUUCAACUUGACAGGCUUGUGCGAUUCUUUUCCUUGUCCCUGCUUUUUCAGCAGAAAAAAAUCCCCUCACAAAAAACAGGAGUUGCCUGUUUGUAUGGCGUUGACUUUAUUAUACACAAUCCCCCCAAACAGGACUGACGAAGCCUUUGAAUUUUGUCAAGAACUUUCCGGGCGAUUUUUAAUGGAACUCCCGCUGUCACCGUCUGGUUGAAUAGGCGCGCUGUCUCCAAAGAAAACGGUCACUUUUUCCGCAACUUAUCGCGCCUUUUGUCAUGUUAAAAUAGGUAUCGGUUUAACCAGCUCAAUGGCUCAGAAACUAUCAACAUCUCUGGCUUUUGUGGGCCUUGACUGGUUGUAAAGCUUUUCUUUUUCGGUGCCUGUGGGGAGCCGCAACGGCUGUUUGAUGUGGACAGUCCGGAAUUAUAGCAUAAUGGGGGGCAGGCAGUAAAACACGCGUUGUAGGGGAUUACGUCUUCGAAGCUCCAGAUAAUAACUUGCUUGGAAGUUGAUACAAGGCAAAGCGACGGGUAAGGAGAUAACUGGAUUAGCUGGAAAGAUUGGCCUGAACAUCAUGAUGGGGGAGAAACUUGCAGGGUCUAACCCAGCAGCCUACUUACUACAUGUAGUUUGAAACUGCAUUAUUUUCUAUUCUUGCGUGACCUCCUCUCUAAUUAAUUCUAAUGAAGUUUGUGGUCACGUGUUCAUAUAACAUGCAGGUUUCGUGGCUAAUGUAGCUUUUGUGAAGACAUUUUGGAUAUAAUUAUAAUUAUGCUUUUAAACUUUCCUCUUUCCCCCGGUGCUAAAAUUACCAGCCUGACAUCUUCCAAUUUCAAGUUCAGCAAAUUGUUGUUCCUGUUAUCCAGCUGUUAAAUAAAUGUAAAGUGUUUUUCAAACAACUUUUCUGACACACAAAACAGAUGUAAGGUUUGAGUUUCCUCUAAAUAACACUGUCUUUAAGCCGAUGAAUAUAAUAUGCGAUCCAACCUUGGAAUUUGUUAUGCAGGCAUUCAAUCAACAUUUAUACCGGCAAACCAUAAUCCCCUAAAUACCACAGAGAUAGUGGGUAUAGAUAUCACACGCGUAUCUCCCUUUCAAGUGAUUGCUCGUUCACUGAACAACUCCGCAGAUCACCCGCACUCUUUGGGCGAGUGGGAGGGGCCUAUUUCCGAGCCCCACAGCAGGCCAAAAUUGGUUUUUAUUAGCCAGCCAGAUUUUUUUCUGUCUCCCCUCAGUCUGCACUGCUCCUCGAUACUGUACAGCAUAGCAUGAUUUGAUUCGGUGGCGUGCGGGAUCUGGGAACGACAUUAGGCAAAGUUCAAUUUGAUACCGAGCUCAGGGCCGCUUUAUCGGCCUUGCCAAGCAGAGCUGAUCGGCAGGGGUAUACUUUGUGACACUGUUUACGCAUAUCAGAUCGCGUUCCAACGGUUUUCGGGCUGCAUGCCUAGGUCUCGGACUGGACACAAACAGCAGUGGUCCUUCCCGUGUACACUUUCAACUUUUUCGCGGUUGUGAAGAGAAAUUCCACGAAUCAGAAGACAAGAUUAACUCGCAUGUUUUCGCUGUUUCCAUCUGUUGUUGACACAGAGAAAUCCUCAUCUAUAGUUUUUGCAGUCUGCAGGCCUACCGCGGACUGUGUGUGUUUGUGUACGUGUGUGGACGCGACAAUUUUCAUGCAUGGAGGAUUACCAUUAUUAAUGCGCUAGCUCGUUAAAUGUAGCCGUGCCGAGUCGGCAGCAGUACAAAGCCGCUGGAGUGGUUGUGAUCUCCCUCCAGCGACCGAUAAAGCACCGCUCAAGAGGGGUCGGCACGCGGACAAGAGCUUUGGCGCAGUGUCAAUGUGGUGAUCGGCGAGUAAAGGACGGACUGUCAGUAGACACACGGCUGGGUUCCCAUGCGAACUCCCGUGUUUGUGGACGGCUAAGCUAAAAGCUAUGAAUAGAUCAUCCGUGUUAACGAGAGGAAUUGCCAUCAUGCCCAGACAACUCCGUUUGUGGAUUUAGCCAAGCUAGCGUAGUGUUAAACAGCAAAAACUUUUGACAUCAUGGCGGGAGUGAUUUCACAACUUGUGCAGACUUUGUAUGUCUUCAGUGUGGGAGUUUGCCUCGUCUGUGCUCUGGAGCAGAGGCAGAACCAGUGUCAACGGAUAACGAUCCCAAUGUGCUUGGAUAUCGGUUACAACAUGACUCGGAUGCCGAACUACUUUGGGCACGACACCCAAGUGGAGGCAGCGCCCCGCAUCCACGAAUUCUCCCCCUUGGUGACUUACGGGUGUUCUGAGCACCUCCGAUUUUUUCUUUGCUCUCUGUAUGCUCCCAUGUGCUCUCCACAGGUUGAUAUCCCUAUCCCAGCCUGUCGGCCCAUGUGCGAAACGGUCCGGGGAAAGUGCGAGCCCGUGAUGCAGAGCUUUGGAAUAUCGUGGCCCGAAGCGCUGAAAUGUGACUCGCUACCGCGAGGAGUGGAGAGAGACGAUCUAUGCAUGGUGGCACCGAACAUGUCCGGCGCCAACGAAGAAGACCAAGGGGCUACCGCUGACCCCGACGGGGACUUCAAUCCCGGCGGGGGGAGAGGGGUUCCCAACCCUACUCCCCCGUCCACCAGAUACAACGGGACCGCCAACCGGCGAUGUCCAAACCACGAGAGAUUCGUCAUGUUACCGCAGACCAAAUCGUGCGUGCCUCGCUGCGACCGGGAUGUGUACUUCCAGCAAUCGGACAAGAAGUUCGCCGAGUUGUGGAUGGGGAUCUGGUCCAUCCUCUGCUUCGUCGGUACCGCAGUGACCGUACUGACCUUCCUGAUUGACCGGGGGAGAUUCCGUUACCCAGAGAGGCCCAUCAUCUUCCUGUCCAUGUGUUACAACAUGUACUCCGUAUCCUACAUCAUCCGCCUGAUUACGGGACCUCGAGCCAUCGCGUGUGGCCACACUGCUGGUGAUGAGUAUUACCUGAUUCAAGAAGGGUUGGAGAGCACUGGCUGUACCGUUGUGUUCCUUAUCCAGUAUUACUUUUAUAUGGCAAGCUCCAUCUGGUGGGUGAUUCUCACCCUGACUUGGUUCCUGGCAGCUGGGAUGAAGUGGGGAUACGAGGCUAUUGCGGCCUACAGCAGCUACUACCAUCUCGCAGCCUGGGCCCUGCCGGCUCUCAAGACGAUCAUCGUGCUGACGCUUCGCCGUAUGGACGGGGAUGAGCUGACCGGGAUGUGCUUCGUCGGCAACCAGGACCCCGAGGCGCUCGCCGGCUUUGUGCUGGCCCCGCUGUUUGUCUACUUUGCCGUGGGCACCCUCUUCAUCCUUGCUGGCUUCUUCUACAUGUUCCGCAUCCGUAAGGUCAUGAAGAGCGGCGGCACCAACAUCGAUAAGCUGGAGAAGCUCAUGGUGCGGAUAGGGGUGUUCUCGGUGCUCUACACCGUGCCGGCCACCUCCGUGAUUGCGUGUUAUUUUUACCAGCGGGCCAACCUGAGGCUGUGGGAACUAGUAGCCACCCACUCAAACCCUUGCAUGCCCAACGGGGACUGUGCCAUGGCAUUUUCCAUCCCAUCCGUCCCCGUGCUCCUGGUUAAGACAUUCAUGCUCCUCGUGGUUGGCAUCACCAGCGGCAUGUGGAUCUGGAGCACCAAGACUGUCCAGUCAUGGGAGGCCUUCCUUGGUCGAAUCUUUGGCAGCGGCGGCCACCGCAAGCAGGCCGCCGCGAUGUCGUCCUAUAACGCCCAGACUGCUGGAGCUUCCGCUCCAACGGUGGCCGGACAAGCAAACCCCACACCUGGACUAGGGGUCAAGUACACCAGAACUCCAAAUCCAGCUAACAAGGCACAUAGUAUUGCCUACACUAACUUGGAAGGAGGUGGCACCGCUAUUGUUUAGCACAGACUUACAAAGAAUGAUUUAUAACCUUUGUAAACCUACACCGCGUACAUGUACAUUAGCAUAAAAAGAGAAUAACUACGCACUACAUGAUGUAUUAUGUGAUCGACAUGUUUUUCAUGAGAUUUGUCAGAAAUGUAAGUCGUACAUUAUCCGUUAUUUUGAAGAAAAAAAAUCCCAGUCUGGGUACGUACGUACAUGUCUGUGUUGAAGUGCUGUAAAAAACGUAUCACAGUUAAAACUUUGAAAUUGCGAACAACAAUAAAAAAAAAAUGCUCGGCCAUAUUUACUUUGGGCGGCCGUUUACCUUGGAUUGCGAAUUCUUAGCAUGUGUUCAGCCUGGAAUGUGUCAGUUAUCAUUGCCAUAUCAUUACCUAUCUCUGUGUAAGAUGAUACCCUGCAGGUAUUAUGCUAACAUAAGUAACUGCGAUUGUUUCAAAUUGAAUGUAAACACGCACGGCAUCUGGAUCUUUCACAGACGCGAACUUAAAGCCAAAGAAUCUGUCACAUAAUUGGGCUAUUAUGCAUUACAUACCCUGCUCAUGAGGUUGAGUUUUUAUCUUUUGUUUGCACCCGGAUAGAUUUAAACUAGGUUUGUCCCAGUUUCUCGAAAGAUUAAUGAUGGUCUCAAUUUCAAAGUUCAUUUUUGGUUAGAUAAUUUGGGUUCUGCUACUAGGCACUGGUCCGUGGGAAGUCGGUGCUUUGUUCGCAUUGUAUGUAGGGUCGCACGGGGUUUGAAAAUGUAAAUGAACACAAGUCACGUGACGGGGAAAUUUGGUCAAGGGACAUGUUCCGCUUUGGGUCGCUGUCUUUUAUGGUGCUUCUUAAGAAAUAAAAUGUGAUGGAAAAUGUCAGAUUUCUGAAUCGGUAGUUCCCGUGUCGGUUGUCGGUUUCCAUUAUAUGUUUUCCCAGUUGGCCUUGGCGCCAUUGUUUGGGAUCUCCCUUUUCUGUACAUGGAAUCCCGUUCUUCUAAUAAGUCAACCAGCAGUCGGUGUUGGAUGACGAUACGGCAGAAUAUAAAUUGACCGAGUCCACUUGUGAGCAAUUGUUCGGUUCCCCGAACCUCCCCUGAGAAAAGAGGGGAGACGGCAAAGAAAAAAAAGAGAGAUCAUGUCAUUAUCGAGAUCACCACUCGGGUAUCCAUUUCAAUUUUGCCAAACCCUUUUGAUCUUGUAAUUACCGCAUCCCCCUCUCAGAGUGCAAUUAUCCCGGUCCUCACAGACAGGACAAAGGGCCGAGUAGACGGCGUAGUGGCAUGGUGAAGCCCCGGUGAAGGGGGUGUUAUUGGCCGGAGCUGAUAAAUCGGUUAUUGGGAGUGACUCUCCCUAGUCAUUUGUCAUCUGUCUGGCUUUGUCCAUUUUUUUGUUGUUGUUGGAAGAGCCUGAUCGGGUCUCUUACAGCAUGCUGGAUAAUCGAAACCGAAUAAUACCCCUUUAAUUAGAAAAAAAGCUCAGCACUCCAUAAGGCAAAGAUGCCCUGUGUGUCCAAGAUGGCAUGGGUUUUGACAAGGAUGUAACGCAAUAAAAUUCAAUAAUAAUUCAAUAAGUCUUUUCAUGCUCCCUUUCAUUGAGGCUCUUUUUGUUUUGUUUUUUAAUUUUGUUGUUUUUUCCUAUACCAUGUUUUACAAAAAGGUGUCAGCUUCUUUUGAGUUUGCCAUCGAAACUUCCAGCAAUAACGCAGCUUUUUGUAGAACGUGGACCAGGAAACAAAUUAAGCGGUCUGCAUUAUGGAUGAUGGAUGCAGGUGUAUUUCGUACAUUUAAGUCCUUUGGUGUACACCAACUUUAAACCCUGUAGACCAUACAUUUCAUUCAUACGUUGUCCUUUUUUUCUGAACAGCUAUUUCAAUUACCUGAAUUACUCGCUCAAGAACUCUCAUUGCCUUGGUCAAGACGCCAAGCGUCUGUACUUCGUCGCUGUCGUUGUUACUGGAUUGUCUUAGCUUUAUGAGGCCGUCCCUUGGCCAAUUUAAAAGCGAGUGGACUACCCAAGUGUUGAGGAAUUCACCGCGAUAAGGUUGACCGGGAACUUCGCUCAGCAGGGGCAUGAAAUGUACACCGCUUAUUUCACGGAGAGUUUGAUCCCUGCCCAGGAACAAACAAUAAAAGAAACGAAGCUUGAUGUUAUAUACGCCACAGUUUCGCGGUUCAUACUGAGAGUCCAUUUGCAACGUUGUUUCCUCGACACGCAACAGCGGGGUAGUUGCAAAAAGCAACAAGAGGUCCGACCACAUUUCCACAGGUCGGUGCAAUAUCAAAGCGGCGGGGUUGCCGUGUUCCCUGCGAUCUUCCGGCUCAAAUUCAUGUAAAGAGUCUAAUACAUUUACAAAUACCCCUAAUUAAUGGGUGAAAAGGGGGUUUCCGAUGGCUUCGAAUCUUUGUAUCAAUAAGCUUUGCAGCUGUGUUUUAAUUGUCAGUGGUGUAUAACGUUGGGCAUAUAAAAAUAGUUUUAAAGGAAAUACACGUAUUUUGAAAAGGCUCACAUCAGUGCAACUCAUUUUCAGUAAGGUCUAUUUUCUUCCAUAUUUCUUUUUACGUCGUUCACAAAUUCACCCUCUUUUGUGGAAUGGAUCCAGACUUUCCUUGUGUGCAAGCAUUGUACUGGGUGAACAUAAAAAUCAGUUUUCUGGGGUUUGUUUGAUGAUUUGUGUAUGAUUACGUGAUCGUUUCUUGUUGGUUUGUAUACUGUGAAUGCCGUAUUAAAAAGAUAACCUUCAAG